AUGGGUCUCGCCGGCUGUGAGCUCGCGGUCGACUGUCAUCUCGCCUCUCCGACUGCAGUCGUGAGAACAUAUCAAGUCGAGACUCCGAACGAGACCUACUGCUGCUUGGCCGCCUCGACGAUGGCCGAGCAGCCUCUAAUAAUCGCCCAUCCCUAUCUGUACGAUGUGAGCGAUCUCGACUUUCAGACCGUCGAGAAUGGCCAUGGUGACGGUCGUCCCGAUCAAGAGCUGGAUAGUCUCGGUCACGACGGGACCGAUAACUGGAAGCACUAG